ACACUGAUCAAAACACCACUUCGCAAAACUAAAAAAUAAUAAAAUUAAUAAUUGAAGUGCAGUGAAAUAAUUGUGAACUAUUUUAAAAUACGGUAGUAAAUUAUAAAUUUGUCGGGGAAACAAGGCGCGCCACACACCGUACACAUAGAAAUACGGACACUGCUCAGCACUUAUUUUGUUCGGUCUGACGUCAUCACACUUUGGCAAACAUGAAAACCCCCGUGUCCGCCGCUUCCCUAUCCAAUGCGAAUGCAUCGAGCGGCAGCGCUGGAUCAGGCGCCGCACCGAUUGUGCCAAAGACAGAACCAGUAGGCAACGAAGAGAACUCGGCGAUGUCGUUGGAUUUUCAAACACCUGGCCUCACCUCUACGCCCAACGCGAAUAAACGUCCAGGCUUCUUGGAUCUGAACAACAAGACAGCGAAAAACAAGCGCAUUAUUGCGCCGCUGGUGAUAAAUUCGCCAGAUCUGCAAGCCAAGACCCUGAACACACCAGACCUGGAAAAAAUACUGCUCUCCAACAACAUGAUCCAAACGCCGCAGCCAGGCAAAGUGUUUCCAACCAAGGUGGGACCGGUUACCUCCGAACAGGAAGCCUUUGGAAAGGGCUUCGAGGAGGCACUGCAGAACCUGCACACCAACUCGCAGGCCUUCCCACCCAGCAAUCCAGCCGCCAACCCAACCGUCACUGGCACCACCAUGACGGCAGUGAACAAUGGCAUCAGCGGGGGAACCUUUACCUAUGCGAACAUGGGCGAUGGCUUCUCGGUCAUCAAGGAUGAGCCCCAGAAUCCAGCGGGCUCACCAACAGUGAGUCCAAUCGAUAUGGAAACCCAGGAGAAGAUCAAGCUGGAGCGCAAGCGUCAACGGAAUCGCGUUGCCGCAUCCAAGUGCCGCAAGCGGAAGCUGGAACGCAUCUCGAAACUGGAAGACCGCGUUAAGAUUCUGAAGGGCGAAAACGUCGAUUUGGGCGGCAUUGUGAAGAGUCUCAAGGACCAUGUGGCGCAGCUGAAGCAGCAGGUCAUCGAGCAUAUGGAAGCCGGAUGCACCGUGCCUACAAUUUCGGCGCCAGCCGUGCUAUCGGGCAAAUAACAUAUGGAUACCACUGAGGAGCCGUUUGCGUUGCCAGCAGAGAGGAAUGAUGAUGGGCAGAUGGAUUCGAGGACAGACAGCAUUGAGGAUGAGCAUACGCUUGUUGAUGAUACGAAUGCAGAGCUCUUGGAGCCGGGAAUUCCCUUGGAACUCUUUCUAAGCGCAACCACAAGUGCACUAGAGCUAGACACCGUAUCCUCGAAUGCCCCAUCCAUGUCGGAGAGCGAUCUGCUGGGUGUCGUCGGUGUAGAUAAAUUGGAAGACGGAGACUGCGAUGACCAGCCGCUGGUGCUGUACAUAGUGUCAGAAAAUGGCUGCGAUCCACCAGUUGCGAGUUGAGUUUGAUCCGAAUAUGAUCAAGUCCCUGGAGUGCCUUUGCUUAUCUUUUAUUUCUGCGCAACGUGAAAUGGCUUUGACUUUGCUGCAAUAUUAUACACAAAUGCUUCUUAAGUGUUUUCGUUUACUUAGUUUUAGCUUAAUGUUCAAGUAAGUAUUAUCUGUGUUGAUCGUAAGAUAAUAUAAUGUCAAAUACACUAUAACAUAUAUAUAAAAGAGUAUGAAUAUCUGAUAAAAGUAUGUGCAUAUAUAUUUUUACUUCAUAUAUACAUAAACAAUUAAUUCUA